AUGGAUACCUGGCUUGGUCCAUGCCUCCUAGAUGAAGUCGCAGGGACCAACUGGGGAUGGAUAUUACUUGUGGCGGUGCUUUUCUGCUCUGGAGUUCUGCGGCUAGCCCACUCGUUGUGGCGUCACUUCCUUCACAUCCAAAGCGGUCUCCUAGAGCUCCACCGUGUGUGUGAGGAUUUGGGGGGCAGAAUGGACGCCUGGAACAAUGCUCAUUCGGAGCAUUUUCGCCACUUGGAGCAGAACAUACUGGCCCUCUUACAGGACCACCGCAGGGCGGUGGUGUGUGAGCCGCAGAGCUUCUUGCAGCCACUGCUUCUGGAGAAUUGGGACCGCACACGACAGGAUGUUCUUCAACAAAUCAGACUUCUGGGGUUGGAGCUCCAAGAUCUGCGGGGCACCAUGAGUGACCUCAUCAAAGUACAGGCUCUGAUUCGCAAGUCGCUGAUUCCGGUUACCACGGACACUCCAGGCGACAUACGUGAAAUCAAUGGACACCUGAGCAUGAUUAGGGAAGGCAUUGAGAUGGAUACACAGGGAUUGAUGGGAGCUGUCCAGGGCAUGGAAGAGCGACUGCAACGCAUCCGUCAAGAAGUUCGCAGCCACACCACACUGCACCCCCAGUUUCAGUCUGACGUGAUGAUGCACCUGUCAGUCAUUCGGGCCCAUCUUAGUGCCGGCGCGCAGCCUGACACUAAUACAGUGCCUGGGCCGCCUCCUCCGUGGGCCUAA